UGUCCCUUAGCCGGAUGUGACGUCAACGGGGGAUAGAAAUUCGCCAGAGAAAAUAAAAUUUUACUGUGUCGCUGAAGAAAUCAACGUCUUUAGCACAAUAUAUGCGAAUCAUCCCAAAUGCUAUGUUCAGAAACAGUGAAGUACCAUGGCUGAACCAGAUCCUGUAACAGAAAAGAAAGUACAACAGUACACGACUCUGUAUGCCAAGGAUGUCCCUGGCGCUGUUUUACCGCAACUUCAACCAGAAAGAUGCAAAGUUACAGAGUUGCGAAUAUGGUUGAAAUGCCGGGGACAAGCUGUGAAAUCGAAUGAGACAAAAGCCGAACUUUGCUUGAGGGUAAAGAAAUUCAGUGACAACCAGGAUAACAUCCUAAUUGUGGAUCCUUAUCCAGACCAGCCAUUUGCAGCUAAGCAGAAGUCAUCCUGUAUGAACUGUCAAGGACAAUCAACAGUGUCAACAGCGGAAGAACAUCUUAAUUUGGAAGAAUGCACAUGGACCCAAAGCACCAGACCGAUCUUCAAAGACUUUUCGUACAUGAACAUUCUGGAAUGGACCAAAAGUUCUGGUAAAGGUUCAAAACUGGGUGUUGAAAAGCCUAUUCAACGAGGCUAUGUGUUUUUUCAUGACGGUUAUGUAUUCGACACAUGGACAUCUGAACGUAACAGUUCAACAAUUGUUAGAUGCAAGUGUUUCCGCUCCAUGAAAAACCGGUAAUCAGAAAUAAAGAGUAUUGAAAUAAUCUAAAUUAUAUUUGAAAGUAUUCAAUUUUGUGUUAUUUUAGUGUCAGUAUUUGUGAGAUUCACCUCAAAUCACAUUUAUUCAUUCAAUAUAAUCAUAGGAUCUCAGCUCAUUUUGGUGCAAUACCUGUAUCUGAAUGUUUGUAAUUUUCAGAUUGUGUUUCCUUAAAUUAGUUUAUGAUUUCUAGCUUUCACAUGUUGUCUUUCAUCAUUAAUCUUACAAUUAAUGAUACUUCAUACUGUUUUGUGAU